AAUAGAAGCUUCCGAGCCACAGUUCACAACUUUGAACGAUUUCGCACCCGGGACGGAAGCCUGAUCCCGGGCUAAAAUGAAGCUCCCGGUUGUAGCUGCCGUUCUUUUAAUCUCUGCACUUUGUGCAAGAGAAACGGAUGCACAGUGGAAUCCUGGUUUAGGUACCUCCCUUAGUUAUUCCGGCCCAAAUGUGCCUCCUCCACCUCCGCCUCAGCCUCCUCCUCCAGGUCCUUACGACGGCCAAAAUUCGGCCUAUCUCGGUGUCCAAGCCCAACCUUGGCAGCCUCAACCUGCCUCAGCCUAUCUCGGUGUCCAAGCCCAACCUUGGCAGCCUCAACCUCCCUCACAGGUGGGCUUGUAUGUAGGCUCCCCUGGCCCGCAGGGCUCUGGCUACUCUGGCAGUCCAGGGGCUCGUCCUUACCCUCCUCCUCCUCCUCCCCCAAACGGCUACCCUGGCUCGGAUGACGGUGGACAGAGUGUUGACGCAUGGUGGGAAGAGCUCAUCAACAGUGUAGAAAACGAGUUUGGCGGCAAAAGACAAUUCUAUGGCCUAAACUUGAAACUAAAAAGCCCAUUGUGUGCUUAA